AUGGAGCCCAACAGCCCCCGGAAGAUCCAGUUCACGGUGCCGCUGCUGGAGCCGCACCUGGACCCGGAGGCGGCCGAGCAGAUCCGACGGCGCCGACCGACCCCAGCCAACCUGGUGCUGAGCAGUGACCAAUCCUCCCCAGAGAUCGAUGAGGACCGGCUGCCCAACCCCUUACUCAAGUCAGGCCUGGCCAUGUCCCCCCGGCAGAGGAAGAAGGUCUCCCGCAGCACCCCCACCAUGAAAGAGCUGCAGAUGAUGGUGGAGCAUCACCUCUGCAAGCAGGAGCCAGGGGAGGAAGAGGAGGAGGAGGAAGAGGAAGGAGCCCCCCAUUGCCGCGGGGGGGACGGCAGCACCGGCCCCAAGCACCAAGGGGGUCCUGGCCCUGGGACCCCUGGGGAUGGGCGGCAGAGCCAGGCCAAGGAGGGCACCCACAGAGCACCAAAGGAAGGCACCGGGAAAGGUGCUGCAGGAGGCCAGUAGCCCCCCCCCGGAGCUGCCACCCCCCCCUUUUCUAUGAGAGCCUUUUCUAGACGCC